AUGAUACAGAUAUCGCAUCAAAAUGCGAUACCAACAUAUACUACAUCGUCAAGUGAACGAAAAAGCUCCUUAGAGAAGGAAAGAAUGGCAAUGGGAAAUGUCAUUUCGAGCACUGCCAGCACUACCCUACCUUCUUCGACAUCUUCAUUAAACUCAUCAUCAUCAGCAGCAGCAGCAGCAGCAACAACAACAUCGAGAAACAAUAGCAGAAGUAGCUACAACACUGCGAAUCAAAACUUUCUGAACUACGACAAUAGCAGUAGUAAUAGCUGCAGCAGUAAUACCGUUACCAGCACCAGCACCAGCACCACCCCCACCCCCACGACCAACAACAACAACAACAACAAUAACAACAACAACAAUGUCCAACACAUAUCGCAAUUACACAAUGAUAACAACUCUACAUAUUCAAGUAAACAUGCUCCAUCCAUCACAACAAAUGAUACAUUACAACUCCCAUUACUUACCUCAGAAAACCUAAGACAGCAAGAAGAUGUGCAUCUGAAACAACAUAGCAGCGAUAAGAGCCUCUUGGAGCUACCCAGGGAUGACGAACUCUUACUCAGCAAUGAUGACGCUGUUGAAAACGAGAAUCGCCAGUCUCCAUCAACACCAACCUCUUUUAAAGGUUCAAGAUCAGAAGUAUCCGAUAUAUCGCAUGAAACUAUCCCAUCAUCCGUAGACAAUACAGGAGAGGACAUGGAGUCGCAAGUUCCUACAAUCACAGCCACAAGAACAAUCACCACACCGUCUGGCGAAAACACCGAAUUUCAAUUCACAUUCAAGACUAAAUCAGAACAACGAGGAAGGAUGUCGAUCGAAUUGGACCCGUUGAGUGAAUUAUCACAUAGCAACCAUUCAAAUACAACUAUCAAACAACAAUUUUCUGAGCCAAUAAUCUCGCAAACUCUAGCUCAAGGGCAACAUCAUAGUACACAAAAGAAUCAUAUAGUUUCACAAAAUACUGCAGCUGCUUCUAAUAAACCCCUCACGUCAUCAGCAACAGUGUCAAAUUUACAAAUGCCAAAGACUUUGCGCAGACACACAUCUCCAGCCAAAAGUACCUUGGUACCAUCCAAUAAUAUCAAUGUUGAUAACAACAACAACAACAACAAUAACAAAGAUAACAACGAUAACAAAGCUGCAAAAAGGAAAUCACACAAUGAUUCUCUGAUCCAAUUAUCCAAAUCGUCCUUUGUCGCAGAGAGACCACUGGCGAGAAGUACAUAUCCUGUACCCGCGGUGUCCAACAAUAUCAAGUCACAUUCACACCAUGAUCUACCGCGGAGCAGUUCCACUACAAACGAGAUACGCAAGAUGAGAGAUUCGAUUACGGGAAAACGCCCACACAGAAGGAGACACACGGUUGAUGACGAGCGGGUCCUCGUGGGAAAUAAGAUUAGCGAGGGCCAUGAAAAUUUUGUUAUGGCAUAUAAUAUGUUGACUGGAAUCAGAGUUGCAGUGAGUAGGUUAUCUGGAGUUAUGAGGAAAUUACAGGAUGAAGAUUUCAAAGCUACAAAAAAACUUGUGUUUAAUGUCGAGGGCAAUGAAUUGACACCAAGCUCCAAGUAUGAUUUCAAAUUCAAGGAUUAUUGUCCAGAGGUGUUCCGAGAGUUGAGGCAGAUUUUUGGUGUUGAUCCUGCAGACUAUUUAAUUUCUAUUACUGGAAAGUAUAUUCUAUCUGAGUUGGGAUCGCCUGGUAAAUCGGGUUCGUUUUUCUACUACUCAAGGGAUUACAGGUUCAUCAUAAAAACUAUACACCAUUCAGAAAAGAAACAACUCUUGAGAAUGUUGAAGGAUUACUACAACCAUGUCAAAGAAAAUCCCAAUAUCUUGAUUUCACAAUUUUACGGCUUGCAUCGUGUCAAGAUGCCAAUGUUUAGUGGUGGCACCAGAGUUGUUCACUUUGUGGUUAUGAAUAAUUUGUUUCCUCCACAUCGCGACAUCCAUUUGAAAUUUGACCUCAAGGGUUCGACUUGGGGAAGAGUAACACGAAUCUCGCCUGAAGAGACGAAGCUGGGCGAACUUUCGAAAUACACAUUGAAAGAUAUCAAUUGGCUAGAGAUGCACGAGCAGCUCAAAUUUGGUCCCAAUAAACGCAAUGCCUUUUUACAGCAACUAGAAAAGGAUGUGGCAUUAUUGCAAAAAGUCAAUGUCAUGGAUUAUUCAUUGCUUUUGGGUAUCCAUGAUGUGAAAAGAGGUAAUAGUGAUGAUAUUGGCCAGAAGUUAUCAGUGUUUGAGCCCAAAUCAUCAGAUAAAACAGCAAUAAUCAAUACCAAUCCGAGAGAUAUUGAUAGAAGUCAAGAUUUGCCCUUUUCUGUAUUUCCGGGAAGAUCGAAAUAUAUCUUUUAUGGGCAUGAUGGUGGAAUACGUGCCACAAACGAAGAGAAUGUGCCAUUGCAGGAGAUUUACUAUUUGGGUGUGAUUGACUGUUUAACGCCGUAUGGUUUUAAAAAGAGAUUAGAAACGUGCUGGAGGAGUUUAAGUCAUCUGAGAUCCACAAUCUCUGCUGUGCCGGCAAAGGAGUAUGGCGAUCGUUUUUACAAGUUCAUUAAGGAUGGUACUACAAGUGGUAAACUCAAGAAAAGUUGA